CGAAAUGGGCUACAAGAUUCGGCCCUUAGGCCCGUGAACACCUUCUACAUCGUUAAGUAUGAAACGACCGCUCAUGUUGUGUACAUGCGCAAUGGUGUUUGUGCGCUAUAUAAUCGCGAAGGCCAUCGUCGACGGCCAGAAGCGCUCGCUGGUAUCGCUCGGUAGUCGACGCAGACAUGCCUGACCAAGUCUUGAAUGGGCCGGAAUGUCUCGACGGAGCGGCGGUAUCUCAUCUCCACCACGUCAUGGCUGGUCCGUCUCGCGCGAUCCGGGCGGAUCUCGGCCGCUCGCAAGCUGUUCGACGAUAUGCUCGAGAGGGACACGGUCGCGUGGAACGCGAUGCUCACCGCCUACUUCCACUCGAGCCGCCCCCUCCAGACGCUUACCCUCUUCUCCCACAUGCGAUCCUGUGGUCCGCCACCCGACCCCUUCUCCUUCACCGCGGUUGUCGCCGCCGCUGCCGAGCUCCGCGAUCUUCGCUGCGGUAGGAAGCUCCAUGCCCUCCUGUUCCGCGUCGGCCUUCUCUCCUCCCUGCCCGUCUCCAAUUCACUCAUCGACAUGUACGGCAAGUGCUCGCGCCCGGCGGACGCUGCGCGGGUCUUCGAGGGAAUGGAGGAGCGGAACGAGGUCUCCUGGUGCUCGUUCCUUCACGCCUACGUCAACUCCGGGCAAGGAAAAGAUGCGCACGAGUUGUUCGUCGCCAUGCCGCUUAAGACGACCGUCGCGUGGAAUGUCCUGAUGGUGGGAUAUGCUCAGCUGCGCGAAAGCGAGUCGUGUCUCCAGCUCUUUAGGGAGAUGCAGAUGCGUGGAUCCGAGGGCGACGCGACGACAUUCGCGAGCCUCAUCAACGCAUGCUCUGAGAUGGCGAGUCCGCGGUUUGGCUGUAUGGUUCAUGCUGUCACUGUCCGACGAGGAUGGAACGAUGCCACCGAAGUCAAUAAUUCGAUGCUGAGCUUGUAUGCAAAUUUCGGCUUUCACGAGGAUGCAUUGAAGAUCUUCGAAUGCAUGGUUUCUCCAACUGUGAUCUCGUGGAAUGCAAUGAUCGACGCUCGCAUCAAGAUUGGCGACGUGCAAGGGGCUCUUUCGUUGUUCCGAAGGGCACCCGAGACCAACAUUGUCUCGUGGACGACAAUGAUCGCAGGGUUCGCGAGGAGGGGAUACGGUGAGGAGGCUCUUGCCUUCUUCGUGGACAUGGCGAGGAACUCACUUGGGCCCGACGAUUUCACUUACGGAGCUGCGCUGCACGCUUGUGCUGUCAUGGCAGUUCUGGGGAAUGGAAGGAUGGUCCAUUGCAGUGCUAUCCGUAGCGGCUUUGAUGAGUACCUUUAUGUGGCCAAUGGCCUGGUGAACAUGUACGCCAAAUGCGGCGACAUCGAUAGCUCGAGCAAAGUGUUCGACGGCAUCCGCGAGAAGGAUUUGGUAUCCUGGAACGCUAUGUUGUUGGGUUAUGCAUUGCAUGGGUGGCCUUCGAGGGCUUUCCAAGUGUUCGACAAAAUGUCGGCACGUGAUGUUAGACCUGACAAGGUUACCUUCAUGGGUUUGCUGAUGGCAUGCAGCCACUCGGGCCUCGUCGAGCAGGGAAGAGCCGUCUUCGAGAUGAUGGAGUCGGUCCACGGACUGCAACCAGAUGCAGAACACGUGACCUGCGUCGUCGACAUGGUCGGGAGAGCUGGAUGGCUGAAAGAGGCUACUGCGCUGCUCGAGAGCUGCUCGAAGGCUGUUGACGUCGGGAUCGCGAGCUCAUCCGAGGCUCUGCUUAGUGCAUGCGCAACUAGAGGAGAUGUUAGCAUCGGGAGGAAUGUGGGGAAGGAUUUGAUCGAUCUGGCGCCUCAGAAGGAGGCAGGCUACGUGAUGCUGUCCAACUUGUACUGUGUCGAUGGGCAAUGGAAAGAAGCAGAGAAGGUGAGGCGGGCUAUGAUCGAGCGAGGGGUGAAGAAGUCUCCUGGUUGUAGCUGGAUUCAAACGAGGGACAUGCUUGCGGUGUUUGUGUCAGGGAGCCAAUCUCCCGAUGGACCGGCAGAUGUGCGUGACACGUUAGAGUUGUUAGGCGCCGAAAUGAGAAAUCCUACUAGCGUUUGGUCGAGCGGUGAAUUGUGAUGUAACAUUACGAAUUAAAAGCGGGAGAGAUUGUGAUGCAUGGAUUCGAUCAGUCCUUAUCUAUAAUAUCAACGCAUAUGGGUAGGAAAUUCCCGUAGGCGUUUCUUUUGGCUAUUUUAU